GGAACAGUGAGAAUCGGUGUCUUGACAAGUAGACGUUCGCCGGGGAUUUUCUUGCGCACAAGGAGAGAAAUAAACGAAAACUAUGGCAAACAAAGCGCAACAACCUCCUUAUCUUCACUUGGCGGAACUGACGGCAUCCCAGUUCCUCGAAAUCUGGAAACAUUUUGAUACCGAUGGGAAUGGCUACAUCGAGGGCAAAGAGCUUGAAAACUUCUUUAGAGAACUGGAGACAGCACGACGAGGCGCAGGCGUGGACCCCACAAAUGCAUCUUUCAGAGAGAAGAUGAAAGAGUUUAUGCAGAAAUUCGACAAGAACAAAGAUGGUAGGAUUGAGAUGUCAGAGCUGGCCCAGAUCCUACCAACGGAAGAGAAUUUCCUGCUCUGCUUCAGGCAGUUUGUAAGCUCCAGCUCUGAGUUCAUGGCGGCCUGGCGAAGGUAUGAUACAGACCGCAGUGGCUACAUUGAAGCAAAUGAACUGAAGGGCUUUCUCUCAGACCUUCUGAUAAAGGCUAACAGACACUAUGAUGACCAGAAACUGCAAGAAUACACACAGACAAUUCUUAAGAUGUUUGACCUGAAUGGGGAUGGGAAAUUAGGUCUCUCUGAGAUGGCAAGGCUUCUACCGGUCCAGGAAAAUUUCUUAUUGAAAUUCCAGGGUGUAAAACUGACUGCUGAGCAGUUCAAUGCCAUCUUCACAUAUUAUGACAAGGAUGGAAAUGGCUACAUCGAUGAGCAGGAGCUGGAAGCACUCUUGAGGGACCUCUAUGAGAAGAGCUCGGAGGUGGACACCAAGGACCUAACCGGCUAUAAGAGGAGCAUCAUGGCCUUGUCAGAUGGGGGUAAACUGUACCGCUCAGAGCUUGAGAUUGUCCUUUGCCGGGAGCCCCUUCUGUGAAGCUACACCCACUGGACUUGAUUUCACCUGUCUGAGCUGCCUGUCUACUGUAAACAGGUGCAUGUGCCGGGCACGUCCCACCCCCACUCCUCACCGCCCCCCAUCUACCCCACCCCCUACAUGUGUUUUGAAUGAACGUGCAGUGCAAAGCACAUCAAAGCCCCACAUUUAGUUACCCCUCCCACGUCUCCAGUCCCCACUGCUCCAAAUACAGACCAGACUGUUCAAGCUAUGGUGUUGCCCUCUGCUCAGUUUUUAAACUAUACAUAUAAAAAGAAUAGUUGAAUGAAUCUUCAUGAAAAUAUUUUAACGGUUUGAAAAAGAAUCUGAUUUAUUUAUUGGUUUGUUGUUUGUUUGUUUGUUAAUUUAUGCAUUAAAUCCUUGGCUUGGAAUGCAUUCUCUUGUUUCCUCCCCAGCCAGGUCUUAUUUUCUCCUUUAUAAGAUGUUACUGUAUGAUACUGAUGUUACCAAGCAUUAAAAGAUAUGUGAAGAACAAAAUCUA